CACUGGUAAAAUACAGUGCACAGACUUACAUUAUUGGACAAAGUCAACAAUUAGCCGUCAAAGUUUGUGAAAUUACAGAGUUUAUUUCUUUCAUGGUUUCGUGCUGGAUUGAUUAAGUCAUGAUGGCUAACGCAGAACAUGCGGAGUUGAAGUCUUCACUAUCCGAAGAAAAUGAAGCAUCCCAGUCUCUGACAGAAUUAGAAACGAAUACACAGACUCUUGAAGAAGUCAAUGCAAUGGCGCCCUCGUUCGGCGAUGAGAAGUGUUUCUUAGUUGAAGGUGCAGAAGGCACAGAAACUCAGGAUAAGAGAAUAAUGGAUGAAAAAAUCUCCCCCAUUGAAAGGCAACUUGAGUACUUGCUGAACAAGGCGGAUGAGUUUCAAACACAGCUUUUAUGGAGCCGAGAGUGCCUCCAGAAUUAUGGGUUUGCCCAUGUUGUCCCCAUGUUUUUGCAAACUUGUCAGCCGUACUUCACUUACCUGGAGUCCACAGCCAGAAACUCCAACCCCUUCCGUCCACCUCUGUCCACAUAUAUACGCACACAACUUUUGCAGUUUUCUCAGCAACUGUGUUCUCGUCUGGAGCAGCUGGUGUUGCUGUAUGCCUCCUUCAGUUUCUUCUCACUAGAGGAAUCUGAUCCACUGAGUAUCUCUCACUUCUACAUUGGCCAGUGUCAAAUAGACAACAUGAAGCUGUCAAUCUUCUGGUACUGUUGCCCUACCCCCUUUCUUGCGUCAGCCAGUACCGGUCUAUACAAACGUAUGCGCUGGAAUGUGGAGCGACAGAUAGAGGGAGAAGGACAGACAUAUGACAGUGCAGAGUUUUACUUCCUGUGCUGCGAGGAUGUCAUUGAGGCAGCAGAUGAUAAGGAUGGAGACGGAAGGUGCGAGGGAGAAAAUACAGAAACUGAGAGAGAGAGUAGAGUAGAGAGGAUUUGGUCUAUUGGCCGGUGGAUUCAGACAUACCCUGAUCCAGACACAGAGGACAUCACUGAUUGGGUGCUGUGUUCAGUUCCUUGUGGUCAGUACAAGCAGCUGUUGUGUCUGGGAAGUGAGGAGCCUUCAUCCUGCACUGCCACAGACUGCCUGAUGGGGGUGCUGCUGUCUCAGGAAACAGAUGGUACAUUUGGCAUGAAAACAUGAGGUGGUGCUCACUUAGGGGCCUCACCCAUUCUGGAUAGAGCAUUUGGUUUAUUCAAAUCAGAUGCGA